GUCUCGUAGCGCGACAAGCAUUGUUUAGACAAAUGAUUUUGUUAAGGCAGUAAAAGCGAAGUAUUAUUUAACAAAAAUAAUAUCCAUAGCAAGUGUUUUCGUGAUUCGAUUCGUUUGUUAAUUUCGUUUAAUCAGGUGAAAUGAAUGAAACUAAUGAGUUGCCACCGGGAACAGCAUCGCUACUUGAAGAACUCGAAAAAAAACUUAUGGUUUUAUUGAGAGAUGGCAGAACGUUAAUUGGUUAUCUUAAAAGUGUCGAUCAAUUUGCUAAUAUAGUACUUCAAAGUACCAUUGAAAGAAUUCAUGUUGGUCAAGAGUAUGGUGACAUUCCGAGAGGUAUUUUCAUAGUAAGAGGAGAGAAUGUUGUGCUUUUAGGAGAAAUAGAUAUAGAGAAGGAAAAAGUGUUGCCGUUGAAAAAGGUGACAGUGGAUGAAAUUUUGGAUGCUCAGAGGCGCGAGCAAGAGUCUAAGCAGGAGCAGAAAAAGCGAAUAAACAAAGCUCUGAAGGAGCGAGGUUUUGCGUAUAUACCAGAUUUAAGUCACGAUGAUAUGUACUGACGUAUAAAUGUACAUAUUUCUUUUUGUAUCAAAAAUUUACCUAAUUAAUUUACGUUAAUUAAAUAUAACUAUCACAUGAGAUUUACAAUAUCAUUACUUCCAGACCAUCUGUAAUGUUUAUAAAGUUAUAAAA